AUGGGCUCCGAUACUGGCUAUGGCAACUCCUUGCCAGAGAUUGACGACGGACAUGCUUUACACGCCGGCUCCCCCUUUUCGAGCAACUCUUCGCCAGCGACUAACCACGAAUCCGAAACCUACUCCGACUCGACGCUUCUCAAUAGCCCUACUCCAGAGAUAAACGACUACGAUGCCGACAACUCUGAGACUGAUCGUUGGGAUGAGGAAGUAAUUAAGUGGCCCCAAAACUCAGGAGACCGUGACAGCGAACGGUUAGACUUUCAAAAUGAGCUGUUCCACGAGCUCCUUGAGGGCGACCAUCUCUGGCAGAUCACUCAAUGCAAAAAAGGAGGUCCAGCUAUGGUUCUGGAUGUCGGUACGGGAACCGGUAAAUGGGCGAUCGACUAUGAUACAGCGGAUGCAAAUCCAGACAGAGUUAUGGUGUAUGGCACUGACCUUCGGCCUAUUCAGCCCGAUAUGUAG